GUUCGUCGAAGAGUGAGUUUGAUUUUUAAAUAAAAAAAAAAUAUUAAAAAUUUUACGGUUAAAAGAGAAAGAGAAUGUUAUCAAGUACAUUCACCUUCGUGACCUUGAGUGUCGUCACAAGUUGUAUUUAUGCCGCAUCAAUCAGUAACAAUGACACAAUAAUCCAUUUGGAAUGCCGCGAUGACGAAGGUGCUCCCGAUAUGGAUUCGAAAACGUGCAUUUUUCACGAAAUUGUUGCCACGACAAGUGACGCCGUGUUCGACUACAUUCCGUCGGAGGAUAAAAAUUGGGUCAAAUUCAAAAACUCCAUUCUCUAUCAAAUUCCCCCUAAUUUAUUUAAGAAUUACCUAAAUACACAAACACUUGAUGUCACCGCAUGUCAAAUCGAGUAUCUCUCAAGUGAGUCAUUAGUUGGUGCGGAAAAUUUGCUGUAUCUGCAUAUGAAAGGUAAUAAUUUGACGAAAUUGGGGCACGGUUUGUUUGCGAAUGCGCCACACUUGGAGGAUUUAAAGAUGCAAUUUAAUCACAUAAGUGACAUCGAGGAACAAGCGUUUAGUGGUUUGGCGCAACUGAGAUUCCUGUAUUUGGGAAAAAAUCAACUGACAACUUUGCAUGAUGGAACUUUCCGGGAACUUGUGAACUUGGAAACAUUGGACUUAUCUUACAACUCUUUACUUGAAAUCAGCGAUGAACUUUUCACCACGAACAAAGUUUUGGAUUCUCUCGACUUGAGAGGCAAUAAAAUCGGCGUCAUCAGUCCAAAUGCCUUUAAAAAUCUCGAACGUCUCUCAAACUUGGAUCUUGCUUCAAAUAAUAUAAAGAAAAUUCCCGCGCAAGCUUUUGACAUGCUCGUCAAUCUCAGAAGUCUCGUACUUUUUGAGAACAAUCUCACAGAACUGGAUCUCACGUGGCAAGACAACUCCGGAUGCGGUCAUCAAACCAACGGAUCAAAGAUGAUUCUACCACGUUUGACCAAAAUUUCAUUAGCUGAAAACAAAUGGAAUUGCAGUUACCUUGAAACGUUAAUGGAAACUUUGGAAAAUUACGAUGUGCGACAAUUACCAUACAAACUGAUCCAUCCAGAAGAUCCCAAAAUAAACGUUAAAGGAGUUUCAUGUGAAAAAGUCGAAACAGAAGAGGAAGAUGAAACAUCAACGGAUGCCACAACGACAACUAAAACACCGACAAUCACAAAAGAUGACAUCAGCGAGACACGAAGUUGCCUCUUCACAAAGCUAGGAUAUUAGAAAAUGUACACAAAAGACCGCGAAACUAAAGAAAUCACAUUUUUUGGCUUUUCUGAGACAAUGAUAGGUUUAUGGAUUUAUGUUUCAUAGAAAAAAAUGAUCUAUUUGAGACAACAAACAAUCCUAGUGAAAAAGUAUUCGAUCAAAAGUCCCAAAAUUUCUCAAAAAUCGAAGUUUGGGUGAAAAUUUCUUUUUUUUUUCACUAAGAUUGUUUGUUGUCUAAAAUAGAUCAUUUUUGACUAUGAAACAUAUGCCCGCAAACCUAUAAUUUCUUCAGAAAAGCCAAAAAUUUGAUUUCUCAAUAUCGCAUCGCGAAACGUUAAUUUUUUACAGUAAAAGAAACGUCCAAAAAACUUUUUUUUUAUUUCUUUUCAAAUCUCAUCAAGACAGAAAGUUCUUCUAUCAACAUGGAAUUCUCUAGAAAAAUAGAAAUAAGACGAAGGAAGAAGAAAUGUACGACAACAAAUUAAAUAAUUUACUCUACAUUCAUGACAUAAAUCUGCUUUAAACAGUAAUAAAUGAUACAAU